GAGAAAAGGGGUGAGUUCUGGGGCAGAGACAAUGGUGGCGUUGACGCUGGCUCGCUCAGCUCUUUCUCUGACACCGUACAUGUCUAAACCACCUGGAAUGAGUGUGCUGUUGCUGUUCUUCACAACCCUAGGGUUUUCAUUUGGAUUUGUUACGCCUUCAGCCGAGGAUCAUCGCUACAAUGUGGGAGAUCACGUCUCCUUAUUCGUCAACAAAGUUGGCCCCUUGAACAAUCCUAGUGAAACCUACCACUACUAUGACUUGCCAUUCUGCCGCCCAGAUCAAGUAAUCAGAAGGAAGGCAUCCCUAGGGGAAGUUCUGAAUGGUGACUGUUUGACAAAUGCUUUAUAUGAGUUGAAAUUUCGGGAGGACAAAAUUGGGGAAACCCUGUGCCAGAAGAAGCUUAAAGGAGAUGAAGUUGCUAAGUUCAGGAAUGCAGUCUCUAAUGACUUUUACUUCCAGAUGUAUUAUGAUGAUCUUCCACUCUGGGGAUUCAUUGGCAAAGUUGAAGAUGAGAAUUGGACCGUUAAUGAAAAUGGCCCUAAGUAUUAUUUAUUUAAACAUGUUCAGUUUGAUGCUCUUUACAAUGGCAACCAAAUCAUAGAGAUACGUGCUUUUAGUGACCCAAAUCAUGUUGUGGAUAUAACAGAAGAUGUUGAUAUCAGUGUUAAAUUCACUUACUCUAUCUUAUGGAAGGAGACCUCCACACAGUUUGAGAACAGAAUGGACAAAUAUUCAAGGGCUUCAUUAUUCCCAACACACCAGCAAAUCCGUUGGUUCUCAUUCAUUAAUUCAUUUGUCAUUAUUGUGCUCUUGAUGGGAUUGCUUACCAUGAUUUUUAUGCGGCAUCUGAAGAAUGAUCUUCGAAAGUUUUCUGGUGGGGAUGAAGAAGAAGAUAAGGAAGUUGGUUGGAAAUACAUUCAUGGAGAUGUAUUCAGAUAUCCUCCUUGCAUGUCAUUGUUUUGUGCGGUUCUGGGCACGGGUACCCAGUUAUUGAUCCAGGCUGCCUUCUUAUUUGUUUUGGCACUCCUUGGUGUCCUCUAUCCCUACAAUCGUGGAGCACUGUGUACUUCUCUUGUUGUGACUUACACCCUUACAUCAGUGGUUGCGGGAUACACUGCUUCAUCUUUCUACAAUCAAUUUGUUGAGACUGGAUGGAAAAGAAGUGUUCUUCUGUCUGGGACCCUCUACCUGGGUCCACUGUUUGUGAUGGUGUCUAUCCUGAAUGCAGUUGCUGUAUCUUAUGGGGCUACAGCUGCACUUCCUUUUGGCACCAUAGUAGUGAUUCUUCUUAUAUAUACAUUUGUCACCAUCCCAUUGCUUGGCUUGGGUGGGGUGAUCGGAUAUCGAUUAAGGUCUGAAUUUCAAGCACCGUGUGCUACAAAGAGAUGUCCAAGGGAGAUUCCACCAUUAGCUUGGUAUCGGAAAACACCUGGUCAAAUGUUUCUUGGGGGCCUCCUACCUUUUAGUGCAAUUAUCCUCGAGUUACAUCAUUUGUAUGCAAGCUUGUGGGGCUACAAAAUCUGGACUCUACCUGGCAUUCUGUUUAUCAUGUUCAUCAUCCUUGUCUUACUAACUGCAAUGUUGAGUAUUGGUUUGACAUAUGUUCAGCUCUCUGUGGAAGACCAUGAAUGGUGGUGGAGAUCGUUGCUGCGUGGGGGCUCAACUGCCAUUUUUAUGUUUGGCCAUUGCAUCUACUUCUAUGCCAGAUCACGUAUGAGUGGUUUCAUGCAGUUUUCCUUCUACUUUGGCUACAAUGCUUGCAUUUGCUAUGCAGUAUUCCUCAUGCUUGGUACAAUCAGUUUUCGCGCUUCCUUGAUGUUUGUUCGUCUGAUAUACCAUGCCGUUAAAAGUGAAUGAACUUGCUGGUGAUUCCCAUUGGUUUCUGGGUUGGACAAGGAAAGCCAGAGUAAAGACCCUGAAAGCAUGGAAAGCCAGAGCAAGAGUCGAGACCCAGAAAGCAUGAUCAGGUAUCAUGUAUUAGAUCUUUGUAUUAUCGAAAGACCAUGGGAUCAGAUUCACAGAGAGUGGCGGAUUAAAAGCCAUGCAGCAUGCCUGUAUGCUGAGUGACAUACAUACAUUUGUAGGGCUAGGUUUGUGAGAGAGUUUAUGACAAUACAAUUCACAACUCAGUUUUGAAUGUUGACCAGCAAAAAGGGUCCAGCUUUAACACAUAUCUCUUCACAGAUGACCAUUUUUGCAUUACAGACAUACUGGUAAUAGUGUGAAUGAAAUCAUGCAGUUGUGUAGGCA